AUGAGCAAGCCUAAACCUCGACCAGCACAUGGCCCAGCUACAGGUGUAUACAAGUCAGAUGCCAUUAAGGACAUUGCAGAGUCCUUAAACAUAACGAUCUCGGACAGCGUUGCAUCCUCGCUUGCUAGCGAUGUCGAAUACCGGAUACACCAAGUCAUAGAGCCCAAGGAAGCAGCUCGUUUCAUGCGACAUGGCCGACGAACCACAAUGACCACCUCGGACAUCGACAACGCCCUGCGCGUGCUCAACAUCGAACCUCUCUACGGCCACACGCCCUACAACACCGCAACCUUCCGCCGUGCCCUCCCCUACCCGCAAACCCAAAACGCAGGCCCAGUCUACUUUGUAGAAGACGAGGAAAUCGACUUUGAUCGCGUGCUGAGGGAGGAGAAGAUUACUCUGCCAAAGGGUGUUACUUGGACUGCGCAUUGGUUGGCGGUGGAGGGCGUGCAGCCGCUUAUACCCGAGAACCCACCUGCUAUUCCUCGCGAGGUUGCGCCAGAGGCGGGUGCUGCGGCUCCUGACGGCGUUGGGCUGCCCACUCUCGCAGCGAAGAAGGAACCGCAGAUCAAUGGAGGGGGGUUGUUGGGCAACACGCCCGCUGCGGCGAACAGCAAGCUUACCCAACAGCAACAGCAACAACUCGUCAAGCAGGUGCUUUCGAGAGAGCUACAGUUGUAUUAUGCUCGCCUUACAACGGCUUUGCUUCCCCCUACAUCCGAUUUCGCCAAACGGACUGCAGCGUUGGCGAGUUUGCGAAGCGAUGCUGGUUUGCAGGCUUUGUUGCCGUAUCUUGUCCGGUGGGUGGCCGAGGGAGUGGUCGGUGCACUCAAAGAUGGGACACAGACGGAGAACGAUGGAAAGGUGCUCGAAGUCCUCAUGGAUGUCGUCAGUGCCAUUCUCGAGAACAAGACACUCUUUGUCGAGCCAUACCUUCACCAACUCCUCCCGCCAAUCCUUUCAACACUACUUCACUCGUCCUUACCCCACUCACAUUCGACACAACUGCGAACAUCAGCCGCUCAAACGCUAUCCAGACUCCUCACGCAGCACUCGACGACUUACCCUUCACUAUCGCCUCGUAUCAUGAAGACCCUUUUGCUGGCUUUGAUAUCACCAGGGAAGAGCAAGGGAACCCGGGAGGGUGCAGUCAGAGGUUUGGUUGCAGUUGGCAAAGAAGCUGUUCGCAAGGGCCUCGUGGAGAGUGGGGGUGCCAGGGUUGUGGCGACCGAAUGCCAGCAAUCCGGUGGGCGAGAAAGUGCGAGCCUCAUUGCCUCAGUUAUGGAUGCUUUGCGAGUGCUCCAACCGCCGAGUGAGAUGACGGACUCGCUUGAUCGGACGAACGAACGCGACGCCGCUGUUUUGAAGAAACUUGGUGAACAAUUGGGCGAUUUCUUCGCCUCCAAGGUGGCGACUGACGCCGCAUGGGCAAGGGAGAUUGUUGGAACAUCGUCAUGA